UUUGUUCUGUUUCCCUAUAGGAUGUCCCAGUGGUAUGAGCUUCAGCAGCUUGACUCCAAAUUCCUGGAGCAGGUUCAUCAGCUCUACGAUGACAGUUUUCCCAUGGAAAUCAGACAAUAUCUGGCACAGUGGCUAGAAAAUCAGGACUGGGAGCACGCUGCCAAUGAUGUUUCGUUUGCCACCAUCCGUUUUCAUGACCUUCUGUCGCAGCUGGAUGAUCAGUACAGUCGAUUUUCCUUGGAGAAUAAUUUUUUGUUGCAGCAUAACAUUAGGAAAAGCAAGCGUAACCUUCAGGAUAAUUUUCAAGAAGACCCAAUACAGAUGUCUAUGAUCAUCUGUAACUGUCUGAAGGAGGAAAGAAAGAUCUUGGAAAAUGCCCAGAGAUUCAAUCAGACUCAGUCAGGGAAUAUUCAGAGCACUGUGAUGUUAGACAAACAUAAGGAGCUUGACAGCAAAGUCAGAAAUGUGAAGGACAAAGUUAUGUGUAUAGAGCAUGAAAUCAAGACCCUAGAAGAUCUACAAGAUGAAUAUGACUUUAAAUGCAAAACCUUGCAGAAUAGAGAACAUGAUACCAAUGGUGUGGCAAAGAACGAUCAGAAACAGGAACAGAUGUUACUCCAAAAGAUGUAUUUAAUGCUUGACAACAAGAGAAAGGAAGUAGUUCACAAAAUAAUAGAGUUAUUGAAUGUCACCGAACUUACCCAGAAAGCCCUGAUUAAUGAUGAACUGGUGGAAUGGAAGCGGAGACAGCAGAGUGCCUGUAUCGGGGGACCCCCCAACGCUUGCCUCGAUCAGCUGCAGAACUGGUUCACCAUAGUUGCAGAAAGUCUGCAGCAGGUUCGUCAGCAGCUUAAAAAGCUUGAGGAAUUGGAACAGAAAUACACCUAUGAACAUGACCCUAUCACAAAAAACAAACAAGCGUUGUGGGACCGCACCUUCAGCCUCUUCCAGCAGCUCAUUCAGAGCUCAUUUGUGGUGGAAAGACAGCCCUGCAUGCCAACUCAUCCUCAGAGGCCAUUGGUCCUGAAGACUGGAGUACAAUUUACUGUGAAGUUGAGACUGUUGGUGAAGUUGCAGGAGCUGAAUUAUAAUUUGAAAGUCAAAGUCUUAUUUGAUAAAGAUGUGAGUGAAAGAAAUACAGUAAAAGGGUUUAGAAAGUUCAACAUUUUGGGCACUCACACGAAGGUGAUGAACAUGGAGGAGUCCACCAAUGGGAGUCUGGCGGCAGAAUUCCGACACCUGCAACUGAAAGAACAGAAAAAUGCCGGCGCCAGAACCAACGAGGGUCCUCUCAUCGUUACUGAAGAGCUUCAUUCCCUUAGUUUUGAAACCCAAUUGUGCCAGCCUGGCUUGGUCAUUGACCUUGAGACCACCUCUCUGCCCGUCGUGGUGAUCUCCAACGUCAGCCAGCUCCCGAGCGGUUGGGCCUCCAUCCUGUGGUACAACAUGCUGGUGGCAGAACCCAGGAAUCUGUCCUUCUUCCUGAACCCACCUUGUGCACGAUGGUCUCAGCUUUCAGAGGUGCUGAGUUGGCAGUUUUCUUCUGUCACCAAAAGAGGUCUCAAUGUGGACCAGCUGAACAUGCUGGGAGAGAAACUUCUUGGUCCCACUGCUGGCCCUGACGGUCUUAUUCCCUGGACGAGGUUCUGUAAGGAAAACAUAAAUGACAAAAAUUUUCCUUUCUGGCUUUGGAUUGAAAGUAUCCUUGAACUCAUUAAGAAACACCUGCUCUCUCUCUGGAAUGAUGGGUGUAUUGUGGGCUUUAUCAGCAAGGAGCGAGAGCGGGCUCUGCUAAAGGACCAGCAGCCGGGGACGUUCCUGUUGCGGUUCAGUGAGAGCUGCCGGGAAGGGGCCAUCACGUUCACGUGGGUGGAGCGGUCCCAGAACGGAGGCGAACCUUACUUCCAUGCAGUUGAACCUUACACGAAGAAAGAACUCUCUGCUGUUACCUUCCCUGACAUUAUUCGCAAUUAUAAAGUCAUGGCCGCUGAAAAUAUUCCAGAGAAUCCCCUGAAAUAUCUGUAUCCAAAUAUUGAUAAAGACCAUGCUUUUGGAAAGUACUACUCCAGGCCAAAGGAAGCCCCAGAACCUAUGGAACUUGACGGCCCUAAAGGAACAGGAUACAUCAAGACUGAAUUGAUUUCUGUGUCUGAAGUUCACCCUUCUCGACUUCAGACCACAGACAACCUUCUUCCCAUGUCUCCUGAGGAGUUUGACGAGGUGUCUCGAAUGGUGGGCCCUGUAGAAUUUGACAUGAGAUCAGAUUUGUCCUGUGCGCACAAAGAAGAUAACUCCAGUAACACUGAAAUGACAAAUGUUGUAAAAUAUACAUCACUACCAGAUAGAAAUACACACGUUCUUCAUAAUCAUUUUCCACAAUUAAAUAGUAAAUCUCAGAAGUUUAGAAACAACCAUGAUCUCAUUGGAGCUCAAAUAUGCAUUGGAGGAGCAAGAUCAGCCCCGGAAGAACUGACAUUUUCAUCAUCUCGAUGAAGCCUGACGAAGAUAAAGGAAGAGUUGCCAGCAGCGGUUAAUCAAUCAGCUAACAGCCUUUUGAAACCGGAGACAACACUGUAAUUCCCAAGUCCGUAACAGAGUGAUAACUAGCUCUCCAGUACUUCACAAACUACUAAGCUUCUCUUCCCAUCCUCUACUCCUGUCCCCUAAUUUCUCCAUGGCUACCACACUCUCUGACUCCAUUUUUUCAUGUACCACUCUCACCAGCUUCCAGUUUUCCGUCUUUCAGUCUUUCUCCUUAACAUUUUAUCUUCUCAAAAGAGGUCAUGAUGUAGAGCUGAAAGCUUUUUUAAAUAGUCUCAUUUUAAAAAAUACUUUCAAAUAAAGUUUAGUAACCUGUUCUUAAUGUUUAAAAUCAGGUAAGUAACAUUUUACAUAUAUCUUUUGCUUCUCAAAAAAUGGCUGAAUUAAGUUGCCUUUUACUUCUGCAUUGGCUUUCACUGACUUAGGUAGUCAGUAGCCUGAAACUAGGAUGUGGGGGACUUUCCAAACAUCUACAGCAUAUAAUUGCCUGUCUUUCUGGAAAAACUGAAUCUUAAUUGGAAGUUAACUUUUUUACAACUCUUUCAUGAGAUAAUGCAAAAUAUCAAUUCUAAAGAACAUACUAAAUUUGUUCAAGCCUGUUUUAAAAUGUGAGGUGACACUGACGCUAUGAAAUAGAGGAAAGAGAUGUCUUGGUCUAGCUUAAUAUUCUCAAAUAGUUGAAUACCCAGUUACCAAGUUAGUUACUGAGCUGACUUUUGCCUAUCAGACGGAUAUUUCUACUUCCACAUUCCUAGAGGCCAAUUUGGGGCAAAAAACCAAAACAUUUUGAUCCUUAAACAUGCAAAAGCACAGUAAAUAUUUCCAGCCUGUGUUAAAUAGCCUUUUACUUGGGAUUAUAAACCAUGGGGGUAAGAGGGGAGCAUUCCCUCCAGCUUCUUGCUCUAGAAAGAGCUGGUAUGGGUAUGACAUUUGGAGAUACAAAGGGAGGAUUGUCAUCCUAACAUGAAGUUUUAGAAUACUGCCAAUAAAGGUCAUGAUUUUAGAUAAUCAAAAUGUUACCACACUUACAAAGUUGCUAGCAAUUUUCAGACACUGACGUUGUAACCUUUCUGCAAUUCUUGGCAAGCUGAACUAAUAAAACCCAAUCUCUAAUUUAAAACAGUAAAGCUUUACUAAAGUAGAUCUAAUAGCUAGAGAAUAAUCAACUUGCUCCAAACUUACUUCAUUAGUCCUUAGAUACCCAGUCCAAACUCCUAGUCAGACAUAUCAAACCUCUCCCACCAAGUAUUUUUCCUUCCUUUUCUUCUAACCCUUUAUUCUCACUCACUGACUCACCUGGUUACAUAACUCCAGUUACAUAAUGUGCAAGUAUGUGAGUACAGAACUUGUGUACGUACAUGCUUAAGCUGCACUCGUCCCCCUCCCUCGACCGUCCAUCUCUUGAACAGCAUUUACUUCGGGAUGAAUGUCAGUUCAUUAACUGUACGUUAUCUUGUUUAAACUCUACUUUUCCAUGAAAUAAUGCAAAAUAUCAACUUUAAAGAAUACACAUUUCCUCAAGCCUGUUUAACAAUCUGAGGUGACAGUGCUUCUAUGAAAUAAAAAGAUGCCUAGACAUA